AUGCAGGGGAGCAUAGCACUAUCUCCGAGAUUCAAGUCCUGGACCAUCUCAGAGAUAUCAGCUUCCGGCUUGGACCUGUACAGGGCAGUGGACUUCACCAAUCAGCUGCUUUCUGUUGACUCCUCUCAUAAACAAGCCCAGUUGACUCUGCCAUACUUUGUGAAGUUGUUGGAGGAAGAAAGGGCAGGAAACUUUGGGAAUGAAGAAUCAGAGUCCAAGCAGGAGACACUGAACAGUUCUCCUCAGGAUACUCUGGAUUAUAAGCAAACCCUGGAGAGCUAUGAAAGCCUGUGCCGCGGAGAGGGUAUCAAACUUACACCACAGAGGCAGAAGAGGCUUUUCUGUAGGUACCAUUAUGGCAACAGGACGCCCCAGCUGGUCAUCGCCCCCUUCAAAGAGGAGGAUGAAUGGGACAGCCCACACAUCAGGUUCUACAAUGUCAUGUCUGACAAGGAAAUCAGGAAGAUCAAGGAGAUUGCAAAACCCAAAUUAUAG